AUGGCAGCAGAAUUUGUUGGUGGUGCUCUUCUUUCUGCUUUCCUUCAGGUUGCAUUUGACAGACUGGCCUCUCCUAAAGUUUUAGACUUCUUUCGUCGAAGAAAACUUGAUGAGAAGCUGCUCAACAACUUGAACAUCAUGCUGCACUCCAUCGAUGUUCUUGUUGAUGAUGCAGAACAAAAGCAGCUCAGAGAUCCACGCGUUCGAGCAUGGAUUUUUGCUGUCAAAGAUGCUGUCUUUGAUGCAGAGGAUCUCUUGGAUGAAAUCGACUAUGAAGUCACCAAAUGCGAAGUGGAAGCUGAACUUGAACCCCAAACCUUCACUUACAAGGUAUCAAAUUUCUUCAGUACUACUUUCAGUUCAUUUAACAAGAAAAUUGACUCAGGGAUGAAAGAAGUCCUGGAAAAACUAGAAUAUCUUGCAAGGCAAAAGAGUGCUCUUGGUUUGAAAGAGUGUACUUAUUCUAGUGUUAGAUCAGGUAGUAAUGUGUCACAGAAAUUGCCAUCAACUUCAUUGGUGGUUGAAAGUGUUAUUUAUGGCAGAGAUGCUGACAAAGAAAUGAUCUUUAAUUGGCUCACAUCUGCAGCCGACAAUCGUAACCAGCCAUCAAUACUUUCUAUUGUGGGCAUCGGUGGGUUGGGUAAGACCACACUCGCCCAACAUGUAUACAAUGACCCAAGGAUGGAUGAGGCUAAAUUUGAUAUCAAAGCGUGGGUCUGUGUUUCAGAUGAUUUUGAUGUUUUGAGAGUGACAAAAGCAAUUCUUGAGGCAAUCACUAAGUCUAAAGAUGAUAGCGGAGACUUAGAAAUGGUUCAUGGAAGAUUGAAAGAAAAAUUGGCAGGGAAGCGAUUUCUUCUUGUUUUGGAUGAUGUUUGGUCAGAAAGACGAGAAGAAUGGGAAGCCGUGCGAACUCCUCUUAGCUAUGGGGCUCAAGGUAGUAGAAUUCUUGUCACGACACGCAGUAAGAAAGUUACUUCUAACAUGCGCUCUGAAGUGCAUUGGCUGGGGAAAUUACAAGAGGAUGAUUGCUGGGAUGUUUUUGAAAAGCACGCAUUAAAAGAUGAUAAGCUCAAGUUGAAUGAUGAGUUAAAGGAGAUUGGUGCAAAGAUAGUUGAAAAGUGCAAAGGAUUACCGCUUGCAUUGAAAACAAUUGGAAGUCUUUUACGCACAAAGUCAUCCAUUUCAGAAUGGAAAAGCGUAUUGGAAAGCAACAUAUGGGACUUACCAAAAGAAGACAGUGAAAUUAUUCCUUCUCUAUAUCUGAGCUAUCACUACCUUCCUUCUCAUCUCAAGAGGUGCUUUGCUUAUUGUGCAUUAUUCCCGAAAGAUUAUGUGUUUGGCAAGGAGGAAUUAAUUUUAUUGUGGAUGGCAGAAAAUUUUCUUCAAUUCCCUCAACAGAGCAAGAGUCUAGAAGAAGUUGGUGAACAGUAUUUUGAUGAUCUAUUAUCAAGGUCUUUCUUUCAAAGUUCAACAGAAUACGGACGACAUUUUGUGAUGCAUGACCUUGUGAACGAUUUGGCAAAAUAUGUUUCUGGGGACAUCUGUUACAAGUUAAAAUUUGAUAAAGGAAGAUGUAUACCAAAAUCAACCCGUCAUUUUUCAUUUAAAGGCGAUGACGUUAAAUAUUUUGAUGGUUUCGGGAGUUUAACUGAGGCUAAAAGAUUGCGUACAUUUUUGCCGGUUAAAAUAAUUGGGGGAAUUUAUUUUGAUCCUUAUUCUUGGCAAUUCAACAUUUCGAUACAUGAAUUGUUCUCCCAGUUUAAAUUCUUUCGUGUCUUAUCUUUGUCUCGUUGUUCUCAGCUUAAAGAGGUGCCCGACUCUGUAGGUGAUCUUAAAUAUCUCCAUUCGUUAAACCUUUCGAGGACUGGGAUACGAAAACUACCUGAUUCAAUUUGUUUCCUCUAUAAUUUGUUAAUACUAAACCUGAAUUAUUGUUUCAAUCUAGAGGAGCUGCCCCCAAAUUUGCAUAAACUCACCAAGUUGCGUUACCUUGAAUUUCAACAUACAAAGGUGACAAAGAUGCCACUGCAUUUGGGAGAAUUGAAGAAUCUUCAAGUACUGAGCAAGUUUUAUGUGGAUAUAGAUAGUGAGUGUAGUACUAAACAGUUAGGAGGACUCAAUCCUCGUGAGCUAUCCAUUGAGCAGCUACAGAAUGUUGUGAAUCCUUCAUAUGCAAUGGCAGUGGAUUUGAAAAAUAAAACGCACCUUGUCAGACUAAAAUUGAAAUGGAAUUCAGACCACAUCCCAGAUGAUCCAAGGAAAGAAAAGGAAGUACUUGAGAAUCUACAACCUUCCAAACACUUGGAGAGUUUGUCAAUAAGUAACUAUGGUGGUACACAAUUCCCACGUUGGCUAUUCGAUGAUUCAUUGUCAAAUAUGGUGUCCUUACGGUUGGUGGACUGUAAAUAUUGCCUAUGUUUGCCUGCCCUUGGACUUUUGUCAUCUCUGAAGACCCUAGAAAUUAGAGGGCUUGAUGGAAUAGUGAGCGUUGGUGCUGAAUUUUAUGGGAAUGGCUCUUCUUCAUUUCCAUCCUUAGAAGCAUUAUUCUUCAAGGAAAUGAUGGAAUGGGAAGAAUGGGAAUGUAAAACUGCUGCUUUUUCACGUCUUGAACGUCUUUAUUUAGAGACAUGUCCCAAGCUAAAAGUUGUGCCGGAGCAACUUCUUCAUUUGAAGCAACUACUUAUUUAUUACAGCAUCGAAGCAUCGUUCCUCAAAAGGAGUGGGCACAAUGUAUCUGAUAAUUCUCUUCAAGCCUUGAGCCUCUGUACUAACCCAAUUCCGAAUAUUCCCAUGAGUCAUUGCUACAAUUUGCUUGAAAAUUUUCUGAUCAUGAACAGUUGUAACUCUCUAACAACCUUUCCGCUAGAUCUCUUCCCAAAACUAAAGUUUCUACAGCUGUACGGUUGUCCUAACCUACAAAUGAUUUCACAGGAGCACACUCAUAAUCGUCUUGGUGAUCUGAUAAUUGCCGAUUGCCCUCAAUUUGAAUCAUUUCCCAGUGAAGGAUUAUCUGCGCCGUUGUUAACAAAACUUCAACUGGAGGGAUUGGAGAAUUUGAAAUUAUUGCCUAAAAGCAUGCAUAUCCUGCUUCCCUCUCUUACUGAGCUGUGGAUAAAGGAUUGUCCACAAGUGGAGAUGUUCCCAGAUGGAGGUUUGCCAUCAAAUCUAAAAUAUUUGUCUCUCUCAAGUUUCAAACUUACUGCUUCACUGAAUGAGACCUUGGAUGCCAACACAUGCCUAGAAACACUGAUUAUUCAAAAAAUGGAUGUGGAGUCCUUUCCCGAUGAAGGUUUUCUACCACUCUCUUUUAGCUAUCUAGCAUUGAUUGAUUUCCCAGAUCUUAAAAAACUGGACUACAAGGGUCUCUGUCACCUCUCCUCUCUCAAGACAUUGAGACUUUGUAACUGCCCCAGCCUCCAAUGCUUACCGGAGGAGGGUCUGCCCAAAUCCAUUUCAACUCUUCAAAUCUGUGGUUGUCCAUUGCUCGAACAGCGUUGCCAGCAACACGAAGGUGAAGAUUGGGGAAAGAUUGCUCAUAUUGAACAAGUGGAUAUUGGCGAAUAA